AUUACAUUUUCUUUGUGUGUAUGUAUGUGAAUGUUCCUAUGAAUUUACAUCCGUUCAAUGUCAUGUUACCGUGACCCGAUGCAUCAAAGCAUAAUGUCGAGACAAACAAUCAGGUUCGUCAGUCAGCCAGACUGACAGAGAAGCGCGUGUUUUGGUCAGUUUGUUUUUAAUGGAUAAUAGCCCGCCUAUGUGAUCAUGUAACAUCUCUGUAGUCUGUGCUCUGUUGGCCAGUUGUGAUCUCUUUGUCACUCCACCUUUUCUCUCUUCAAUUAAAGAAUUGCUCCUUCCUCCAUCCCCCGGCACACUUCUUUUCCAUCGACCUCAUCUCAUCCGCUCCAUCUAUCUUCUACCCGACAUAUUUGUACCAUUAUACCCACAUUAUUCAUCAGACAUGGCAACUUAUGACUUUUUGUUGAAGUUUCUUAUCACAGGUGAUUCCGGAACUGGCAAAUCAUGCUUACUCCAUCAAUUUGUCGAAAAUAAGUUCAAAGAAAAUGCAACGCAUACCAUCGGGGUCGAAUUCGGAAGCCGUAUUGUUACUAUUGGAAAGAAUCAGGUCAAACUCCAGAUUUGGGACACUGCUGGGCAAGAGCGCUUCAGGUCGGUAACAAGGAGCUACUACAGAGGUGCUGCAGGAGCCCUUUUGGUAUAUGAUAUUUCAAACCGAAACACGUUCAUAAGUAUCUCAAAAUGGAUCGCAGAUGCACGGAAGCUUGCAGGAGCUGAUAUUGCACUCAUGUUGGUGGGCAACAAGAUAGAUUUGGAAGAUCGCGAGGUUUCUUAUUUAGAAGCAAGCCGGUUUGCACAGGAGAAUGAGAUGACAUUUCUAGAGACAAGUGCUUUGACAGGAGAAGGUGUAGAAGAAAUAUUUCUCAAAUGUGGGCGUGCAAUAUUGACAAAAAUUGAAACAGGACAAGUGGAUCCGGAACGACCAGGAUCAGGGAUUCAAUACGGUGAUUCCUCCUUGCGGAGGAUAUCGCAAAAGAGUCGCCCUGCACGCCAAAAGAGUUUAUGUUGUUGACAUGUAGUCUACUUUCUUUUUUGUUUAUUUCGUAAUGGUUGACUAUAUCCCUGUCUUCAUAGUUCAAUCAUGGUAGACUUGAGUAAAACAUGCCGACGAAGUAAAAAAAUAAAAUAAAAUAAAGGAAAGA